AGAGACAAAAUUCCAAAUGGGACAAAAACAGAAGGAGAACAGCAGCAUCGUAAAGAAGAACAGCAGCAUCGUAACAAUAUUUACUCUAUGGAACACACUGAUGGGCGUGUCACUAAUGAGUAUGCCUUGGGCAUUACAUCAGGCAGGACUAUUUCUUGGUCCGUUCCUCUUUGUUGCUAUGGAACUUCUAUGUUGCUAUACUGCCUAUUUGAUAUUACAAAGUCCCAAAGGACUAGAGAAGAUUGAUCCCACUAGCGUAGAGUUCCAAGAGAUUUGCCGUGCAUACUUUGGUAAAACUGGAGAGAUUUUGGCACUUGUCUUUUCGUUGUUCAUUCUAUGUGGUGCCAUUUUUACUUACUUUGUACUGAUGUCAAACUUCCUCUUCUUCUCUGGAGAACUAAUCUACGGGCUUGCACACCCAUCAGGCCAAGCUUCUGUCAUAGAAGAGCCAGCACGAUGUGAUUUUCAUUGUCAACUGAAUGAGCAAACGAAUCAGAGCAGCUUCAACUCGACUGAACCGGUGAUUGUUUUCGGAUUGACAUUUCACCAGUUGUGGCAGCUGAGGCUCACCGUUCCAAUCAUCAUUGCCAUUAUAAUAUUUUCGCUACUGAAUUUCAAAUCGCCCACCUUUUUCACAAAAUUCGGUGUUCUUGGUACGAUCUCUAUCAUCUAUAUUGUGGUAUUUACUACAGCUCGACUAUUCAAAUGUGGAAUUUAUGUAUCUCUAACAGAUCCAACGUCGGAGGCAUAUGUUCAGUCAAUCAGCUGGAGAUUUCCUGCACUUACUGGUACUCUGACGGUGUCUUUCUUUCUUCAUAUGGGUAUUUUAACGAUAUUUAGAAACCAGAAAUAUCCCGAAAAUAAUACUAGAGAUUUGAGCCUCGGAUUUGCCCUGGCUGGCAUUAGCUAUAUCAUUGUUGCAGUCGCCUUCUAUUUGUCAUUUCCGUUCGCGAAGAGUUGUAUACAUGACAAUCUCCUCAACAACUUCAGCGCAGACUACAUUUAUGGUGCAAUUGCGCGAGUUCUUCUGCUGUUUCAGCUGAUAACGAUUACACCAAUUAUGACAUUCUUUAUAAGAACGCAACUUUCUUGUUUUAUUUUCAAAACGUCAUAUCCAGGGCUACGAUAUGUUUUGAUUUUGAAUAUUAUUGUUGCCACUUGUGGAGCAUUGGUUGCAAUUUUCUAUCCUAAUGUAGGAACUAUUGUUAGAUAUGUUGGUGCUGUCACUGGAGUUGUCUACACAUACGCACUGCCUUGCUUGGUCUACAUGAAAGAACAACAUUUGCAAAACAAACUGACACCGCUCAAGUUAAUAGCUCAUUCUUCCAUAAUUGUGUUUGGUGUUGCAAAUUUUCUCGCUCAAUUCUUCCUUUGAUUCGGAAUGUUUGUUUAGUGGCUCUAGAUCUAAAAUCUAUAUUCGAGUAGAGGUGCUGAUGCUGUAAAUAUCUAUAUGUAUAUGUAUAGAUAUUAUGAAUUUGAUGAAGUUAUAAAGCAGAAAAAAUUGUUCUUUAUUAGGCUUUCCGACAAGAUUUUGCGCUUAUUUUGACGUCACAAAAUUCGUGACGCUGUAAGCCUUUCGUUCUGGAUAUAUUCGAAAACCCGUUAUAUAAUGUCUUUAUAUAAAUGGUGUUUGAUU